UAUAUAUAUACACACCAAUCGCCAACUUAUGAAAACAAAAUCAAAAUCUUCUCAUUCACACGGGUAAACACCCAUUUGACCACCUUCUUCUUCUUCUUCUUCUUCAGGUAGGCCUGUAAGGCUCAAAUCAGAUCAUCAAUUUGAAGGGGAGAAGAAACAGAGAGGUUCAUCAUGUCGAACAGAGUGGUGGACAUGGGAGACUUGGCUGAUCUUAUUGAUAUCAAUGAGACGGCACCAAGCCUUUGUCACCAGCUUUCUCAUUCGAGCUCGAAAGGAUCUCUGCAGAUAAUCACCAUUGCCGCCAGCUCGAAAGGGUCUGAUGCGUUCGUGGGUGGCAGCAUGAGCCGGCGCUCUUUUAGGUCCGAGGUUGUCGGCGAUCUUAUUGUCUUUACUCCUGUCAUAUUAGAAGAAUGGCUUCCCAUUACAGGCUCCAGGAACGGCACCGUUUUGACCUCCAUUUUUCACUUGUUAUGUUCUGGGAUUGGGUUCCAGACCCUGCUUCUUCCUCUCGCAUUUGCCAUGCUUGGCUGGGUGUGGGGGACCAUAGCUUUGUCACUAGUAUUUAUAUGGCAGAUUUAUACAACAUGGAUUCUUGUUAACCUCCAUGAACCAGUUCCCGGAACUCGUUACAGUCGAUAUGUUCGUCUCUCCAUUGUCGCCUUUGGUCCAAAACUUGGAAAAUUGCUUGCAAUAUUUCCAGUGAUGUAUUUAUCAAGUGGGUCCUGUGUGAUGUUAGUGAUCACAGGAGGAUUAACAAUGGAGCAACUCUAUAAGAUCAUGUGUGGAGGUGAAGGUCAUGCGUGUGAUCAAGCAAAAUCACUGAGUGGGCCAGAGUGGUUCCUCGUGUUCACUUGCAUUGCCAUUGUUAUAGUUCAAUUGCCAAAGUUGAACUCAAUUGCUAGGGUUUCCAUGAUUGGUGCUAUCACUGCUAUUGCUUAUUGUACUUUGAUUUGGGUCCUACCUAUUAAAGAUGGAAGAAAGCUUACUGGUGUAUCCCAUGAGACAGUUUUAACAUCAAUUGAAACUGGGAUGGCUGGUUUUAGUAGGAUCCUCACAGCCAUUGGUAUCAUCGUGUUUGCUUGUAGAGGUCACAAUCUUAUUCUUGAAAUUCAGGGAACAUUGCCUUCCAGUGAAAAACACCCAUCAAAAAAGAAAAUGUUGAGAGCAGUAUUUCUAUCUUAUUUGUUGAUAGCAUCAUGUUUCUUCCCACUUGCAAUAGUUGGAUACUGGGCUUAUGGCAACAAGAUACCGACAAUUGGAGGGAUAAUAAUCCCAUACUUAGACUUCUAUGGACACAACUACUCAAAAUUAGUAAAAUGCCUAAUACAUAUUCUGGUAAUUAUAAGUUGCUUAAGUUCAUUCCCAAUCUACGCAAUGCCAGCUUUCGACAAUAUAGAAUUGAUAUACUCUAUCAAAAAGAAGAAGGCUUGUCCAUGGUGGCUUCGAACAGGUUUUCGCAUAAUUUACGGAGGAAUAGCUUUCUUCAUAGCAGUAGCUCUGCCAUUCUUACCAUUUUUGGGAGGUCUAAUUGGAGGACUAGCAUUGCCAUUAACGUUUGUAUAUCCAUGUUUCAUGUGGGUAAAGAUGAAAAAACCAAAGAGGACUAGUGGGAUGUGGUGGGGUAAUAUAAUGCUUGGUAGCUUAGGCAUUGUUGGUAGUGUUAUGGUAGUAGUUACCUCGGCUUGGAAUUUGGCCGACAAAGGUUUACAUGCUAACUUUUUUAAACCUUAAUGAGUAGAGAUUGGUGCUAACAUUUUUUUAAAAAAAUCUUAAUGAGUAGAGAAAAUAUGU